CGGAAUCUAGACCCUUCUCCAUUCCAAAAUGCAAUUUCAAGGAGUGGACGCCUUUGAGACAACGUGGUGAGGUUGAAUUUUAGGGCCAAUCUAAAAAGAUUGCGUUUAGGGGGUUUGCAACUCUUGGGGGAAUAGAUGAUUGAUUGCGCCGUCCACCAACGUCCUGCCUCUUCCAAAAGAUAUUUUACCCCCAAAGUCAAUGACUCCCCCGUCACACUGCACGGCUUACAACGAGUUAUGAGGCCAAAUUUGGAAUGCUUUUUGAAGAUACGGCCUCGUACGUGUCAAACCUCCCGCACAAAGGUUGACACCACCAAAGUUUAUGGCGUCUCACGUCCAAGCAAGCCAUCAAAACUUUUCCUCACAAUAACCAAUCAAGUUAGCAUUUCUUUUGUGCUUUCCCACAAGACAGAAAACCAAAGACGCCAAAUCCUUUUUUGUUGUUGAACCCAUCAACCAUGAUGAAAUUUAACAAUGUGGCCCGUGCCCUGAAGCCUUUGACCGGCAAGAGAAUGUUUGCUACCGCGACUCGAUCCACAGUAGGAAAGAACACAGGUAACAAAGAGUUUUCCUCCCUUUCCGUCGACUAUGAAUCUGAUCCUGAAAAUGGGGGCCUUGAUCCUUCUGUUAAAUACACUAGUGUUGCUGCAACUUCCCGUCAGUUAUGCGAUUUUGAGUUGAUUGCCAAUGGCGGCUUUGCACAACUCGAUGGUUUCUUGAACAAAGCUGAAUCUGAAUCAGUCUGUGCCAACUACCGUCUCACCAACGGAGAGCUGUGGCCUAUCCCCAUCAACAUGGACAUUGACGAAAAAACAAAGGCACAUCUUGAAGAUAACGACGGAAAGCUUCUUCUAACUGAUGCCAAUGGGGUGGAACGGGGUAUUUUGCAUGUUGAAGACAUCUGGAAGGCUGACAAGAAGAUGGAAGCCGAGCUUGUCUAUGGUGGAAAUCCAGACCAUUGUGAAAUUAUUAACUUGAACGAAAACAUCAACGAGUACUAUGUUGGUGGUCAAGUGGAAGUCCUCAGCCUGCCCGAGUAUGAAGACUACAAAGAACUGCGACGCACACCCAAGGAAGUCAAGCAAUUCUUCCAAGAUAACAAGUGGGACAAGGUUGUCGCCUUCCAGACCAGAAACCCAAUGCACUUUGCUCACAUUGAGCUGACGAAGUUGGCCGCCGAGCGCAUUGGAGCCAAGCUCUUUUUGAACCCUGUUGUUGGUCCUACCAAGCCUGGCGAUAUCCCAUAUGAUGUCCGCAUGAAGUGUUACCAUGCUGUCUUGGAUGAAUAUCCCAAGGAUCACGUGCUCUUGAAUACCUUGCCCCUUGCUAUGCGCAUGGGAGGUCCUCGUGAGGCCAUGUUGCAUGCCCUCAUCCGAAGGAACCAUGGAGCCACUCACUUUAUCAUUGGCCGUGACCACGCUGGUCCAGGCUCCGACUCCAGUGGAAACGACAUCUAUGGCGCAUACGAGGCACGUGAUUUCUUGGAGGAACACAAGGAGGAAGUUGGCAUUGAACCAGUGCCAUUCGAGGAAAUGGUUUACCUGGAAAAGGAACAAAAAUACUUCCCUCGGUCGGCUGUCCCAGAGGGUGUCAAGCCAUUGAAGAUCAGUGGAACUGAUGUUCGCCGAAUGCUCAAGACAGGUGAAGAAAUCCCCAGUUGGUUUUCGCCACCACGAGUGGUAAAAAUUUUGCGAGAAGCUAGCAGUCCCAAGGCAUAGGAGGAAGAACCCGCCAACGACUGCAUGGCUCAAGAGGAAAACAUGCGAUUGAAAGGAUGAUGCUAGUUGCACAGCAGCCACAAACAUUGUUUUUAUAUCAUGUGUGCACAACAUACAUAGGAACCCACUUUACUUACCACACAACAUUCGCAAUAUUCGGCCGUCUGCUUUUGAUUUCAUUCAUCAGCUCCUUUUUAAACUCGGUACUAUCGUUUGGCGGUGGAUGAGAGGCGGACCUACUACAUUAGCUACAACAUUGAUCCUCUUUUCGUUUCUUGUGGGCUAGCUCCACCUUCAAUUCAAUGUGUAGAGGUCCCCUUCCCCAUUUGUAGAGUUUCCACCAUACGCGCUACAUAGUGUCCUGAUUAGACUACUAGUGUCCCGCAGCAUGUCUGUCACGUUGACGUGAGAGUCUCUUUGAAGCAAUAUCUCGUGGCAGGUGACAACGUCGCAACCAACCUUGUGUGAUUGGUUGGAUCAGCCUGGGAUCCUUUUGAAAGGCCUUGGUCGCAUUGAGCCUGUAGCCGUGAGUGCAGUUUUCUCUCGUUAUCGGCCGGAGCUCCUCCUGGGACCUCGACCAGGCUUGUUCGUGCUUCCUAUCGUACCGGUACGAGGUUAGACCAGCCUGGAUAUCUCCUCUGAAGAAGCCAAUAAAGGGCCACGACUUCAUUCCGGAAGAAUAGGCAGAGAAUCAAUGGCUGUCCUUAGAAGAGGUACUCCUAUCGGUACAAUCAUAGAAAGAGCAGGCGGGACUAUCAGCCAGUUUGGGGAUCGUAGUACAUGAAAACCUUAGAGCAACCCAAGGUGUUGAUUGCUUCGUGUAGUCGAAGCUGGGCCGAAUGAAACUCGCGCAGAAACAGAUGGGUAAUACAGAGUGCUCAAGUGUUUCUGUUACCUUCAUGCUGUACAUAUCCUUACAUCUCUUCUCUCUAUCAACCAACGAACAAAGGGUGUCUCCAAGGAGCCAGGCCACAGGUCCUCUAAAAGCUAGAACACGACCCUCCAGCUCUAAUGGCUUUUAGCAAGGGGAACACGUGGAAGCAAAAGAUACGCACAACGAGGA